UCUGUUGCCUCGGCAACCAAAACUAAUCCCACUCUCUAACCUUAUUACUCCAUACAAAGCUUUGCAUCACGAGCUUUCAAGGCCCAAGGCCCAAGCCCCACUAACAUGGCAUCACUCUGGAACCGUCUCACUCCUCAUUCGCAACUGUUCAAGCAAUAUCCAAAUAACUUCAAUACACCUGCACCAUCACCUUCACCAUUAUUUGUUGGUAAUUCAAAUACAAAUGUAGCAGAUAUGUCCCUAUUCAGUGCUCAAGUCCAUCCUGGACGAGCUCUGGGCUUUCUAGGUAUACUGAUAAAUGCAAUAUAUCCCUUCUUAAACAUCGGAAACUGAUAGUAUAUCCUCAGUCCUAGGAGCUUCACUUCACGAAAUCAUCACACGAAUAAAAGCUGAACCACAACGAUUCCCUAAACUCGACUUAACUUAUGAGCCUACCGCUCCUGUCGAUGAACCUGUUAUUCUCAGUCUACCCUCUAACGGAAUCCGCCUACGCUUUGAUGGACCUCAGCAACGUCUGCGACUUAUAGAAGUGUUAGAUUUUACAAAGAACAAACUUACAUAUAACGAUCGAGAGGUUUUAAGAUCUGGUGGAACUGCUUCACCAACUAACGCUGGGACCGGACAUCUUACUGGACCAACCUUUCGACAUAUUUACAAGAGUUUAAUUGGACCUACGUUUCCUGGAGAAUACAUCAAGCCCGAAGCUGGAGAUGAGACUGGAAUGGGCCUAUAUGUGUUAUCAUACCCCGGAGUCGCUUUCUCGUUCCCUAUUCAUAAAUCGUCUUGGUCACCCGGAAAAGAUGUCGUUUCGUUACUCUCAUCAUCCGCUAGCCAACCUGCUUCUUCUAUGGCGAUAUUCUCGGGAGAAUCUUGGCCCGAGGCACGAGAUAAUCUGUUUACGCAGACACUUGAACCCCUCAAAACAUUUACACCAUUAACAAAGGGUCGGGAGCAGGUUGCAGAUGAAAUUGGCCUCGUUAGACUUUAUGGCGGGGGCAAACUUGAGGUCGUUCGUCGUUUUAGCAACACCCCUUUUUGGAUUCUUCUAGGCGAAACAACUCCCCAAGAGCUUGUAGCUGAACUUGGACCACCUGAUGCUAUAUAUCGAAAGAACGAUCAAAAGAUGUCGAUUCAUAAGGCUCGAACUGCGAGUAGCACCGGUAGGCGUCCAGCUCAAACCGAUCUACGAGAUGACUCUACCGAUACCGACCAAUCUUCAGCUCACACUGCGACGGACGAUUCCGAUGAUGAUAGUGGUGAAGGAGAAGUAGCAGGAAAUGUAACUGGGGAAUGCUUUUACAAUUAUUUUUACCACGGUUUUGAUGUCUUAGUCUCCACUCCAACUUCACCGUCACAACUUCCACCAUCUAAAGCUCGUUCUCAACAGGAAAACAGUCGUAUCAUUCCUGUAGAUGCAACUGCACGUCUGGUAGCUACAAAAGUGAUAUUACAUGGGAACGUUCCAGGCUCAUAUCCCUUUAAUCGCCAUCGCCGCUGUCGCUGGGAGAUCGAAUAUUUAUCCCCAAAACCCAAAUCUAAAAUAAUGGCCAUUAACUCCGAAACCCCUUUUGCAUCCGUCGAAAGUAGUCUUUAUAACGAAUGGAAAAGCAUUUACACCAACGUAGAAGAAGCAAAGCAAAGACAACGCGGUAUGGUACUGAAUCGCGAUUGGGGGGAUAGUCCCGGUAGUAGUUGUGAACUGCUCGGUGGUUGGGAAGAUAGUUUAGGUGAGAAGCGAAAUGCUGGAAAGGAGGACGAGAAGGGCCUGGGUAAUACUACGUUAUUUGGAUUUCCGGGAUUGGUAUUUGAAGUACUGAAGAAUGGAACUGUUAGUGGUGUUACGGUGUUUUGAUUUGAGGGGGUAAUUGGAGCUUUUAAUGGGUAAUUGGAUAUCAAUUGUUUUGUGCUAGGUCAGGUGUUUUUUGGGUACACAUUCUUUAGACUGUGUGCAUAGAUAGGUUGGUUACUGGAUGGUUCAAGUAUAGGCACUAGGGAGUUCACAAUAUUUGAUGAUAUCAAGAUAUAGGAUUAUAGCAUUGACAUUCUGAAUAUUAAUUUUUUCCUACUGAGAGACUGGAAGGU